ACCAAUGACGGGAAGCCAGGUCUUUUUGAACGCAGUAAAGCGGGCUUGAAAACAGUCGAGAGGGAAACAAAGAGAGAGCGAACAUCUCGCUGUUGUCGGAUGUGAAUAACUACAUAAAUUGAUUAUUUUUCGAUCAAAGUAACUUUGCGCUUUCAUACGGCCUCCGCUAUGUCUCACAAACAGAUCUACUACUCUGACAAAUAUGACGAUGACAAAUACGAAUACAGACAUGUAAUGUUGCCCAAAGACAUCGCAAAACGUGUACCCAAGACCCACUUGAUGUCUGAGACCGAGUGGAGGAACCUGGGGGUCCAGCAGAGCCAGGGAUGGGUGCAUUACAUGAUCCAUCAACCAGAACCUCACAUCUUGCUGUUUCGCCGCCCUCUGCCUAACCCAAAAUCUUAAAGGUAUUUUUCGAGUCCUGCAAAGCUCAGCCUUUAAGUGCCUCCGAUCAGAGUUCCCAUCAUGCUGUCAAACCAACCUCCCGUUGGAUCGGAUCUCUGUGCUGAUGAUUAGGGACCUGGAGAUGGACUAUCAUUUAUGAACAAUGGAUGUGGAGUGAACGUGUUGGAGAGGGGAAGAAAAAAAAAAAGGAUUUGUCUUUAUGUAAGAAAAGGAAUCUGCAACAACACGUCUGACACAUUCAAACCCUUUUUGACUUUUUAAAAUGGCUUCAACGUCUGCUUGGAUCUGCAGUUUAUUAGAGCGAUUACCAUAGUGUGGUGAGCGAAGCUUUAACAGGAGUUAUACAGUUAUGAAACCACCUGAUCGUUACUAUAGAUUAGUUUGACUCAAGCUGACAUGUUGCUGCUUCGUUGUAUGAGUCUGUAAAUUGUCAUUUAACACAUGAGAAUCUGCAACAUUCCUGUUUUUGAACUAGAUUUGAUUUUGUUUUCAUUCUGCUUUAGAGGAUUUCACUUCACUUGGUCUGAAUGUACCAACAAGCUGCUCAGUAUUUAUAAAUUGUGUUGCCCUUUGAUAAAUAAAUGUAAACUUAAAAUUUUACUGAUGGGUUAAUUUUUUUAUUUUUUCCCCCCCUGUUUAGCGUUUUGGGUUUGUCUAGAGUUGCAACAUGAAUGAUUCAACAAGAUAAACUUUCCAGGAAACAGUGAAGCUGAUUGGUUAGAGUUGUCUGCACAAUAUAGGACUGCACAAUAUAUCAACAUAAUAUUCAUAUUUCAAAAGACUGGACUGCAUUAAUUGACUAAUAUAUUCCAAGAGUGUUAUAAAGUUGGAAAUAGCCUUGCUCAAAAUGCUAACUGGAGCACAGAUUAGAGCGAAUAGAAUAAUUUUC